GCUGCCGUAGUCCAACCGGAGUGUUAAAAGUAGCACAAAAUGAAAGCUCUCGACUAAUUUAACAGUUUAAUACCGCACAGACAAGGACGCUACUCCGCUGGAUAUAUCUUAUUAUUGUCAUUGUCAUUCCCCCCAUUUUUUUGACUGGAAGAGACACACACACUCGGCCGUCGGGGCCUCGCCGUCGUGGCCCAGCAGGACUCUCGAGUGAAGUUGGGAGCGGACCGCCAAACUUCUGCUUUCCUCCGGGGCUGCUCUCCGCGGGGCCCGGGGCUCCUGUCACCGGCCCUGUGGAUGAGUACGUGAACCAAAUAAACACACACCAAACCCCCCCUUUCCCAGGAGAAAGGAGUCCCUUUGAUGGGAGAGUCCUCUUCCCUGGCCUCCUGGGUCAAUCGCUGUGCCACGAUGAUGGAUGAGCAGGAGGCGUUGAACUCGAUCAUGCAGGACUUGGCCGAACUGCAUCGCUCCAGCCGUCCUGCCACGUUCCUGUCGGACCUCGGCAAGCCCAAAGCGUCCUCGCCCAAGAACCAGAACGAUGUACGAGUCAAGUUCGAGUUCAAAGGGGAAAAGAGGAUCCUGCAGUUCCCUCGACCGGUCAAGCUGGACGACCUGAAGUCGAAAGCUAAAGUGGCUUUCGGUCAGACGAUGGACCUUCACUACACCAACAACGAGUUGGUGAUUCCUCUGACGACUCAGGACGACCUGGACAAAGCCGUAGAGCUGCUGGAUCGCAGCGUUCACAUGAAGAGCCUGAAGAUCCUCCUGGUGCUCCAGAUCUCCUCACAGAACUCUUCCUCCAACAUGGACCUCCUGCCGUCCGAGGAGCUGGACAACACGGGCUUCAGGGUGGCGGACAAGAAGAGCAUGCUGGCUUUAAUAGGCUCCCAGUCGACGGACCGCAGCUCUCCUCCGCCGGGUUACAUCCCCGACGCUCUGCAGCAGGUGGCGAGAAACGGCUCCUUCACCAGCAUCAACAGCGAGGGAGAGUUCAUCCCCGAGAGCAUGGACCAGAUGUUGGACCCGCUGUCUAUGAGCAGUCCAGAGAACUCGGCGUCUGGAAGUUGUCCCUCGUUAGACAGUCCGUUAGACAGUGAUUACCCAAAGUCAAGGAUGCCCCGAGCACAGAGCUACCCAGACAACCACCAGGACUUUCCAGAGUACGACAUCCCAGUAUUUGAGAAGUCGGGUAAAGGAGGGACGUACCCGCGGCGAUACGGCAUUCCCUUCGGCCUUCAAGAUUACAGCGACGGGAGGAAGACUUUCCCUCGGGCUCGGCGGACGCAGGUUCACGGCUUCCGCUCGCCGGUCAGCUUCAGCCCCACCGAGCAGUCGCCCAGCACCAGCAGCGGCAGCAGCGUCUUCACCCCCGACCUCGAGGAUGUUCCGGGCCCCGCCAGGCGGCCGCGGCGGGGCAGCGACAUCGAGCCCAACCAGAACCCGAACGCCGCCCCGACCCUGUCCGUCAUGGACAUCAGUCCGCCCAGCCGCUCUCCUCGCGCUCCGACCAACUGGCGGCUCGGGAAGCUUUUGGGUCAAGGCGCCUUCGGUCGGGUUUUCCUCUGUUACGACGCAGAUACUGGACGGGAACUGGCAGUAAAACAGGUCCAGUUUGACCCGGAGAGUCCGGAGACCAGCAAGGAGGUGAGCGCUCUGGAGUGUGAAAUCCAGCUCCUGAAGAACUUGUGCCACGAGCGGAUCGUCCAGUACUACGGCUGCCUGCGAGACACGAUGGAGCGAACGCUGUCCAUCUUCAUGGAGUACAUGCCUGGAGGAUCCAUUAAAGACCAGCUGAAGUCGUACGGAGCGCUGACGGAGAACGUGACGCGCCGCUACACCCGGCAAAUCCUGGAGGGAGUUUCCUACCUGCACAGCAACAUGAUCGUCCACAGAGACAUCAAAGGGGCAAACAUCCUUCGGGACUCGGUGGGAAACGUGAAGCUCGGAGACUUCGGGGCGAGUCGGCGGCUGCAGACCAUCUGUCUGUCAGGAACAGGCAUCAAAUCUGUGACCGGCACCCCCUACUGGAUGAGCCCGGAAGUGAUCAGCGGAGAGGGAUACGGCAGGAAGGCCGACAUCUGGAGUGUCGGCUGCACCGUAGUCGAGAUGCUGACCCAGCGACCCCCGUGGGCGGAGUUCGAGGCCAUGGCGGCCAUCUUUAAGAUCGCCACUCAGCCCACGAACCCCGUGCUGCCCGCUCAUGUGUCGGACCACUGCCGAGACUUCCUCAAACGCAUCUUUGUAGAGACCAAGCAGCGGCCGUCUGCCGAUGAGCUACUGAGGCACAUCUUUGUACAUUAACCCCCCCCCGAAAAAGUUUUAAUUCCUCCCCGCCCGCCUGCCGAACUGCCAGAUACGGCCUUACCUGACGGGGGCGUCCCUUGCCUCUGAUCCCGCCCCUCCUCCUCCUCCUCCACGCUGAAACCUUAUUGGACCAGGAAGAACUGGCUGGAAGAAGGUGGGUUGUUUGGGAGGGGGGGAGGUGGGAAUGGCUCCGUGUUUGUCUCUGUUUGUAUGAGACUGCCAUAAGAGGACAUGAAUUCUUUAUUUUAUUUUUUUCCUCCGCAAGUUGCACCUUAAUUAUUUCUCAAAGAAAGGAGGCGUCGAGCACUUCCUCCUCAAGCGAUGAAAGAACGAAGAAAGAAAAAAAACAAAAAAAAGACUUUUUAAAAAAUGUUAUGUUUGUACGGUUUCUCUCCUGCUUUUUUGGAGUGGGAUAGUGUCGGUGUUGUGGACCUACAGAAGGUAAUACCUGACUCUGGAGUGGCCCUACCCCCCCUCUCUCUCUCUCUCUCUCCUCGCCCCCCUACAUCUCGCUGAUCCCGACCCCAGAAUGUAGUCUCCUGCCAAAACCCAGAGAGAUGUUAAUGACCUGGGCCCGCUGCUAUAAGACGAAACUAAAAAAGAUGCAGAGAACACUCCCCGAACACAGUUUCCACUCAUUCCUCGUCCUCCUCUUCUUUCUCUUCGUAGUCUCUGCUUUUUACUGUCACCUUCUCUUUCAGCCCCCUCCUUCUCUUCUUUCGUCUUCGUUCUUCGCCAUGUGCCUUUUUUCUGUUUUUUGAAACGCAGUGUAGGAACGAGCCUCCUGUCGUUCAAGCGUUUAGUUUUUUGCCUCCCGGAUUUUAAACUGCCUUCGCACCGUUAGCCCAAAAUCCAGCUGUUCUCAAUUCAGCUGAUCUCACUUUCAGCCAUAAUGUCUGUUUUUUGCCUUUUUCUGUAACAGAGACUCCUGCUAUCGAGCGUCGGGAUCCAGUUCGAUCUCACGCUCAGCUUAUUCAGUUUGUUUGCCUGCUCGACCCGCCUGCUCCGGCUGGUAACCAAAUAUCCUUCAGACUCUUCUUGCAGCGCUGGUUUUAUUAGUGAAAUGCGGCUGCAGCCAAGCGGUACUCAAAACACCUCAGCUUCAGUCUUAUAGACACAGGAACAGUGUCGAUUAUUAGACUUUCUCUUCAAAUGCAUCCGCUUCUACUUUGCUUCUUGUGGUCAAAUUUGGUAGAAGUCGACAAAUGAAUGAAAACUCUAGAAGUAUACUCAUGAAAAGCCAAUCCAGUCUUUAAAUUGACUUCGAUAGUUCUGCACAGGCCUGGAUGACCUUUUAGAAAUGUCUCAAUUUUGGUACUGGUACCAAAAGGUAGCCACACUCUUCUUCAUCUCAGAAACUUACCCAAACUUUUAAAAUGCUUUGCCAAAGUAAAUACUGUAUAAAUGGAGACAUAUCUACUCAAAGAAGAACGAAUUUGACCUUUUCUUUCAGAUCUUGGUAGCUGUACUUCUGCAACCACAAAUCCAUUUCAUCACUUGAAGCAGUGAAGCAGGAGAGGAGCGUUUGAAGAGUGUCGAUGAUUAGAUUUUCUCUUCAAAUGCAUCUGCUUCUCCUUUGCUUCUUUAAGUGUUGUGUGGUCAGAUUGGUAGAAGUCGACCAGGACUUUCACAUCUGAAAAAUGACUGAAAACCCGAGAAAUAAAAUCCCAAAAAGCAACCAGACCGUCAAAUCUAGUCUUUAAAUUGACUUUAAUAGUUCUGCACAAGCCUUAAAGGCCUUAGAAAUGUCUCAAUUUUGGUAUUGGUACCAAAACAAAGCCGUACUUUUGUGAUAUAAACACAUAUAUUCUGUUCUGAACUUCUAAAACGCUUUCCAAAAGCCACGCCAAGAGACUUCCUAAAUAAAUACUGUAUAAAUCAAGAAAUAUCUGCUCAAAGAAGAAAGAAUCUGACCUUUUACUUCAGAUUUUGGUAGCCGUACUUCUACCACCACAAACCAUUUGAUUACUUGAAGCAGUGAAGCAGGAGAGGAGCGUUUGAAGAGUGUCGAUGAUUAGAUUUUCUCUUCAAAUGCAUCUGCUUUUCCUUCGCUUCUUUAAGUGUUUUGUGGUCAACAGGCAUCUCAUGGCAGAUUAUUUUCUCAUUUUAAGGAUUGAGGUGUCGGUUUAACUUCUGACAAAUGACUGAAAACUCCUGAAAAGCGACCAGACUUUUAAAUCUAGCGUUUAAAUUGAUUUUAAUAGUUCUGCACAAGCCUGGAUGUCCUUUAGAAAUGUCUCAAUUUUGGUACCAGUACCAAAACCAGAGCUUUCCAAAAUAAAUGAGGCAUAAAUCAAGAAAUAUCUGAUCAAAGAAGAAAGAACCUGACCUUUUCCUUCAGAUUUUGGUAACCGUACUUCUGCCACCACAAACCAUUUGAUCACUUGAAGCAGUGAAGCAGGAGAGGAGCGUUUGAAGAGUGUCGACCCGGUGCUGCAUGGCAAGAAGCUCACAGUUGAUUGGCCAGAAGUCUUCUGGCUGUAUGACACUGUCCAACAACAGGUACAUUUUUAAAGCUAACAUAUUCCUUAAUUUUCUCCAUGCGUGCACUCCUACAGAACAGAUCUACGUUCAUCUCGCAGAGCUUCGCCUGCUACUCCACCGCAAAUCAAUUCUUGUCACUUUAAGCCAAACACUCCACAAACACUCCGUUCGGCUCGGCUCUCGUCGCGGUUUCCAUCCAUCACGUCUGUCUGAAUACGAUCCGUAGACUCAUAACUAUGCACCGGUUAAACUCGCUCGUUCAACACCGGACAGCAGGACGAAGUUAUUUUACUACAACCGACGACACCUCGGCUGGUGCUACGCUGGUCUCUGCAGAGGACGUGACUGUUCGUUCCGACACUUACAAGCACACCCAUGACUCUAUUUAACCAGAUUGAUGCAGUAUUAAACUUAUCAUACUUAAAUAAACAUUUUGAGGGUUUUAAAAUGCCUUAAAUAUUUAUUAAUGUCGGUAUUGACAAAGCAACCAAAGCUUUGCAGCAGAACGAUGAGCUUUUGACUGAUUUAGUGAAUUGAAGUGGAGUUUUCUUUACUUUAAACUACUAAACUGUUAUAAUUAUAAUCUGACAGUGAGUCUUGGUGUGUAUGCAAGUGUCCAACAACAACUAUCAACUAUUUUGAUAUAGGGAUAAAAGGUCCAAAUUCUCAGAUUCUAGCUCCCCAAAUGUGAAUAUUUUCUGGUCUCUUCAGUCCUCUUAUCUCAGUAAACUUUAAGUUAAGUAACCUGAAGUAUCUUUAGGUUUCUGACUGUUAGUUGGUGCAAAAAAAAAGACAUUUGAAGACGACAGCUUGAUUGAUCGUUAAUGAAAACAGUUAUAAGUUGCAGCUCUUUGGUUAAAAUCAGAGAAACUAUCUCACAUUAGAGAGAAGUUUGCUGGACUGUUGAGUCAGAGCAGGCGAUGAAAUAUUUCUGCUUAUUAAAGGUGCAAUCCGUAAUAUUUACUGGCUCUUUGCAGAAGGUUGCAAAUGUUGCUGGAUAUUUAAGGUUUGUUUUUUUUUGCUGUGAACUCUGCAUCGUGCGCUUUAAAUUUGGUUUAAUGUCUUCAAAAUCUUCAGAGGCAGCCCCGAAUUUAAGGCUGUUUGCACGAAAUGUAGCAUAAAUACAAUAGAAAGCUUGUACUAAGUGGGAACGUGAAAACUUCCCACUAUGAAGUCUAAUAAGGAUUGAUAGAUACGAUUCUUAUGGUACGUAAACUUUGUGGUACAACACACACAAUGCAGUGUAGAGGAUCUCUGUUCGGUACAUUUGGUACUUAUUAAAUAAGUGAUUCAACGAGCUGGUUAGUAAAUAUUAGCUAAAUAUUUACCUGUAAAUAUCAGCAGAUUAUAGACUGUAUCAUAAGACAGAUGAUGUAGUUUCUUCUAGUUGCUGCUCGAUGUUUUUUAAAGAGCCACAUUUUACUGAUGGCACCUUAGACUAUAAAAAUAAUAGACGUAGCCACUAGCUUGGUUAGCACGGUGCAUUUACAGUCUAUGGUUAACUUUCAUAUUGCAAAUGCUAAUUGUGGCUAGUGAAAAACAAGCUUAAAAAAGAAAAUGUACUUACUGGACUUCUUACAUGGCUGAACAAGACUGUUUUUGAGGCCACCAAACGGUUACGAUUAAACUGAAAACACACUGAAACAGAUACAUCCGACCUCCUAUUCUAAUCUGGGGUUUCUUUAUGUACGUAACAAAUCAAUCACAAGGCACGCCCUAAAGCAUACCCGUCUUUAUCACAUAUUUAUUAAAAUAAAUGGUACUGUAACUUACAAAGUGAACAUCAUGCUGUACUGAGGAAGACUUGAAACUAGUGAUUGAGACCAUAAACUCAAUAGGAAACGGUUUACUGAGGUCAUAAAGUGAGAAGUAUGCUUAUUAUCUCACUUUUUAGCAAGCAGUGGAGUCGCCCCCUGCUGGCCAUUAGAGAGAAUGCAGGUUUGAAUCCUCAUUUUCAUACCCAGAGCUUCCUGCUUGGAUAGCACCUUUUUUACAAGCAGAACAAAAUGAAUUUCUCUCCCUCUGCCUGCGUCAUCUUCUAUUUAUUAAGUCUUUAAUGAGUCGACUACACACUGAACAUUUCUCUCAUCUCUUAAUUAAUCUGAAACAGUCACAUCCUCGCUGCUCGGUGGUAAAAAUCCUCCACUAACAGUUUAGUGUCUGAGACCAGCCGGUGGAUCCACACAGACUGUGGAAGCUUUUAAUCUCUGUCGACUCCUCCUUCACUCGUUAUGCACUCUCAACACGUCUAAACGAAGCUACACGAAGAAAAAAAAAAAAGAAAAAAAUUGUGAUAGAAAAUUUUUGCAGAUCCCGUCAUGAAAACAUUAGCGGUUGUAUUGAGUUUGAGGCGGCUUACAGGUGGAGAUCCAUCUGUAACACGCCGCCAGCACUGGUUAAACCUUGAUACGCACUACCAUUAUGCACUAUCGAUAAUUCACUGAUGCUUUUUCACGAUUCGUCAGCUGUCGCUCGUGCAGCUCGGUUCAGCGACCUUUUCUUUGCACAUUUUUAAAUAAUAUUUUUUUAUUUUUUACACAAGUGUGAGUGUGAGCAGACGUGUGUGUGCGCGCGUAUGUGUGUGUGUGUGUUAGUGUGUAAGCAAUGACUCGUACAUGAAUGUAAUGUCUCAUUUUGACUUCAGAUGGCCUCGUUCACCACAGUGGAUUAACUCUCUUCGGUACCAGUAUUUGUCACCUGCAAGCGCCAAGAUACACCUGUAGUUUAAAAAAAAGUUCUCUCUUUAGUGUCUAAAGCCACUGCUGCCACUCCUGGUAUGUGUGUGUGUGUGUGUAUUUGUAUGUAUGUGUGUGUGUGAGUUUGUAAAAUGUGCAUUUACUGCAAUUUGUGCUCAAUUGACACUGCGCCCGAAAUGCCUCGAGCAUUCUGACUGGAGGGGUGAAAACAGUAAAAAAAUAAUGAUGAUGAUGAUGAUGAUUUAAAAAAUGAAAUAGAUUUAAAAAAGAAAAAAAAAAUCAUGUACAAAUGUAUAAAGUGAAAAUGUACCCUUUUUUUUAAAGAAAAGUACACUUAUAUCCCACGUUUGGUCUCUGUGUAUUGUAAAAGAAGCCAUGUUUAUAAUUCUAAUUGGUUUGUGACCAAUACGCCUGUUUAUAUCAGAUCUGUAUAUCAGUGGUACGCAUAAUUUUUUAAUAUAUAUUUUUUAUUUUACUUUUUUUUAAAUGGGAGAUUUUAUGCAUGGUUGGGUCCAGAGAGACGCAGCGGUGCCGUUGAAUAGUUGCUGUUUUUUGGCAAAAUUCUGGAGUAUUGCGACAGCUUUGUGUUCAUAAUUACGACAAUUAUGACGAUGAAAACAAUUAAAGAUAUUUAUUUCA